AGCAGAAAGGAGAUAAUAUCCGGCCACGUUAUAAAAGUUCUCCUGUCUUGCGUGUGAUUAUUUUUGUUAAAAAACCCGGGUUUUUUUUCAGUGAAAAAUAAUAAAACGUAAUUUGUGAUUUAUAUAUAAAUGUCUUCUAAUUAAUAAGGAGAUUAGAUUAAAGAAAAAUUUUAUUCUUUUUCGACAAGGAAAUUUAAAAAAAAUGAACUUUUGGUCAGUGUGUUUUCUUUUUAUCUCGUUUCUUGCCACGAUAUUACAUGUCAGUGGCAUCGAGUUAACCUUCGAAUUGCCCGACAAUGAAAAGCAAUGCUUUUAUCAGGAUAUUGAAAAAAAUAUUUCAUCUACUCUAGAAUUUCAGGUUGUAACCGGAGGUCAAUAUGAUGUGGAUGUGACGCUAGAAGCGCCGAAUAAGGAAAUUAUUUAUCGUCAAGUGAAAUCACAAUUUGAUUCUUACACUUUUUCGCCAUCAACGUCAGGACCCUACAAAGCCUGUUUCAGCAAUGAAUUCUCGACAUUUUCACAUAAAAUCGUUUAUAUGGAUUUCCAGGUCGGCGAGGAACAACCUCUGCCCGGAGUUAAUGAACACGUAACAGUGAUGACUCAGAUGGAAUCGUCAUCGCAAGAAAUUCACAAGAGUCUAUCGACAAUUCUCGAUCUACAAACUCAUCAUCGUUUACGUGAAGCGCAAGGACGUAAAAGAGCAGAAGACUUAAAUGAACGCGUACUUUGGUGGUCCUUACAAGAGACCCUCGCAAUUUUAAUAAUCAGUAUUGGACAAGUGUAUAUUUUGAAAAAUUUCUUCACCGACAAGAAACCAUAUCAAUCACUUUCGAAAAUGUAAAUUUAAAUUUAAAAAAAAAUAGAAAAUGUCAUUUUUUUUUCUUUUUUUUAUUGCUGUUAAUUGUGUGUAUUAUGAGAAAUCCUUUUUGUUAUUUUUGAAAUCCAAUCAUGAAAAGUAAAAAAAAAAAAAAAUAGACUGGAUUUUUAAUUUUUUCAUAUAAGAAAAUGCGUGUCAUGUGUGUAACUUGAAUAUUAAUUAAUUAAUUAAUUUAUAAAGAAGGUGAAAAAAAAGUAGACAUUAUUGAAGGUGCUCUCACAUAGUGUCGAGUUUUUCACUUAUAUAUACAACAAAAAAAGGUGUAAAAAAAUCAUUUGAGAUCCUAUAUUUAUUUCUCUUGUAGAACAUCGACAGACUGCAAGUUAUAUUUUUUGGGAAAAAACCGCAUAAAAAAGUGAUUUUAUUCGAAAAUUUGUAUCGCUUUUUUGAUAUCUUGUGUAUGCGAUUUGUAAUAAAUAAUUAAAACAGUUGUUUAAA